AUGUGUACAGGGGAAACCUGGAGAGGAAUGGGUGUGGCGAGAUCACCUUCACAUGAGUCGGUCACUACUGAUUUAUCGCUGUUCAGUGUUUCCUCCGCUGCUUCGGAUGCUAGGGUGCUGCGGCUUCUUGCUUGUAAGGCGGGACAGGGUCCUGAACCUUCGCUUAGAGUGGCCAGUCCUAAUCCUGAAGGGAAGGCAUUGAGUCUGCGUCGCGGCUCCCCAGCCCUCCCGCUGCAAGGAGACGCUUGUCGUGAGCUUCUAGCGGGGUGCGCCGCCCUCUGCGCUCAGUUAGGGCUCCGGCGGUCGUUUAGUGCCGGAGAUGUCUCCAGCCACACAGUGGAACCUCCAGUUAGAUGCGCAACAUCAGAAGUGGGAUUAUGCGCUGCGCUUGAAGCGUUAACUUUGAAUGCUGCCUCGAGGUCUUGCAGCACUUGGGUGGCUGUAGGCGGGUCCCAACUACCAUCACCACAACGAUCGCAGCCCAUAGCACCACCACAGAGGGCGCUGUCCACAGACAAUAAGAAGGUCCGACAGAGCUACAUAAAACGACGUCUGAUCACAACGUACAGAGCUCUAGAGAGGAUGUCUCAGUCCGAAUUCAAUUUGGACAAAUUGGAGGCCGCCGCUGUCAGCGCAACCGGUACGGUUGCUGGCCCCGGACCCACCACGCUGACCGUGCCCACAAAGCAGACACAGAAGGUUGUGCAUCCAGAAGCGGCACACCUAGCGCUCACUGCCGCGGACUUGGAAAGGGAGAGGGGGCGCCCUCUAUCGAAGUACGAGCGAAACAUGAUGAUAUUCAACUGGCUCCAUACACUCGACGAGGCGGCGCCAUUUUAA